ACCGCCCCUGAUGAAUGUCACGCCCAGUCCCGUGUCCAUAGCAACCGAGUAUCGCGUCCUGAUCCUGAGCGAAUGCCUUACAGCUGCUGCCUGCACAAGUGACCGAACCCACUGAGCUUCCUGACAGAUUACAUAUCGCUAUUUAUCAUCAUGAUAACUUUAACUUCAUCAAGUGGAAGAAAGGACUUUGUUACUGUCAGAAGAACAGAAUCACUAGAUGUUCAUGGCAUCAUUAAGCGAAAAACAACCACCACAGAAAGGAUAUUUGGGAGAGUCAAUGUCAUAUAUCUGCUGGAGAAAGCAAACUUGGCUGUGACCGUCUACAGUGCAAAAAAUGGUGUGGUGGCCAAUGCUGUCCUCUUGGAUUAUCCAAACUGCGAUAUUGUGGAUCAGGCAGAGUGGGAGGAAAAGCUGCCUACACACUAUGAAGAGCUGAGCAAUUGCACACCUCUGAACACACUGUUUCUGCACCUUUUUGUGGCCAAAGACGAAUAUUCUGAGCAGUGUAUUCAGGAGAUCAUACGGGUGGUGUUCAAUACAGCCCCAUAUCUGCACUUUAUAUGUCUUACAGCUCCACGGGAUGAAGCACUUGGUUUGGCUUUAGGGUCAGUGUUUCAGCAGACAAAAAUCGUGUCUGCAUCAGCUCUUGCAAAGCAGCAUUCUCUGUACAUGUGUCAUAGGCACAACCACUGUCCACAGCUGUAUGUCCGGAAUGCAAGAGUGGAAGAUUAUGAUGAUCUGAUACCGAUUUUUAUGCGUCACAAUGAUACCCUUAAAGCUACAUAUGGGGAAUUCUUCCUUGCAGAGCUGAUCGAAGCUCAAGAUGAGCAGAGCCACGCUAUUGUUAGUGAGGAUAAGGGCAAAGCUGUGGGCUUUAUGAGUGUGAGUUCUGAGAUUAACGCCAGACUGCUGCAGAGCUGCUUCGACUUGGGGCCUUUUCAUGGACUGUGCAAGCCACAUCCUGAUGAUAUUUUAUAUGCAAGUGAAAAAACAAGCAUUGAGAAAGAUCUAAUGUUAAGCAGACAAGACAGUAAGACUUCUGCUGCUGCGUUGUCACAACAAGAUAACAUCGAUCACAACACAACAGACGAAAAGAUAGACUCAACGAAUGAUGCAAUUACAGUCUCCACUGGAAAUGAUACGAUGGGGCCUAGAGAAGAGGAUACAUUGCAAGAACCCAAUGAUUUAGUAAGCAGGGAUCCUGCUGCAGAUGAUGCCAUCCAAACAAGGAAUUGCAGGGCUCCAGAGAGCGGGAGCAAUGCAGCCGAGAGCCAGCAUCCCCAUCCUGUAUAUAAAGGUGAUGUCACUGCCUUCAGUAUCCAGCUGUUCUGUAUCGAUGAAAAACACGAGUCAAGGUCUGUGGAUUUUUUGAGCUAUGCAUUCAGUCUGUUCCCUGACAAAGACUUUUGCGUCAUCACGGUUCCUCAUCUGACACCCGAGUUUCCUCUUCUUCAAAACUUUGUACGCGUAGUCCCUUUGAGCACCUGCACUUUAUCCCAGGAACUGUAUGUGUUCCAUCGCGCUGCUCUUAUUAGCUCAAUAAAAGUCAGAGCAGUGAGGAGCAAUGAUAUACACAAUAUCAGAAGCCUCCUAGAGACCCUACACCCUCAAGAAAGCAUUUUGGGUGAUUUGCAAAUCUACAACCAAGCACGGAGAGAUGAUGACGGGACCCCUGUUCAAGCUUUUGUAGCUGAAGUUGCAAAUCAGAUUGUCGGUGUUUCUGUUAUCAGAAAUGAAAAGGACAUUGAGUAUAUUCACUCACACUACAAUAUUGAGGAUUUUAUCUACUUCAAUCACCACCAAUGGGAGGAACACGGGCACCUUCACCAUUUUGCUCUAAAUCCAAUAUUUAUGCACUUUGGAAGGCAUUUCCUUAAAGAAAUCCUGCGGCUAUCCCACAAGUCUGCUCUAUAUUACCCUAUAUAUCCCUCAUGUAAUAAAGAACAAUUUAAGAAUCCCUGUGCCCAUUCUCUGUCAUCUGCCCUUCAUUAUAUGGUUCCCGUGCGACCAAGACGACAGAUUGUCUUUCCUCUGGAAAAGCUUGGCAUAAAUGCUCCAUCAAAGCAGGUCUCCAAGGAUCAGCCAAGCUACUCAUUAAACCACUUUAAUCGGAAACUUACCUUAGAGCCCAAGGUGACCAUCAAUGCCCGCAUUGUCGUAGUAGGAGCGUCUGAGGUUGGAAUCUCUUUUAUGGAAACUCUUGUUUUUUGUCCUCACUUGAAGUUCAAUAACAUUACAUUGAUUUCAUCCACUGGGCUUCCUGAGAAUACACCAAUUUCUACCCAGGAACAUGGCUUUCUUUCUACCAGCCACAGCUAUAACGAUAAAGAUUAUGCACUGAUGUCACUUCGAUCCUGGGUUAAUGUUGUGGUUGGUAAAAUGAGUGGCAUAGACAGGGCUGCCAAGUUUGUCAUAGUUGCCAAUGGCAGAAAAGUGCCAUAUGACCAUCUCAUUCUUUGUACUGGGCAACAAUACCAGGUUCCCUGCCCUACAGAAGCAGAUGUCCGUAAGCUUCUGACUAAUAAAGAAGCCCCAGUGUCUUCAAAUCAGAGGUACACAGGCAAAAUUCCUUCAAAUCUCUUUACCCUACAAAACAGGCAGGACUGCUUGGCGGCAAUGAGAUUUUUGAAAGACAGUGUUGUCAAGCAAGAAGGUAAUGUGAUUGUGUAUGGGAAUACACUUGACUGUUACACUACACUUUCUACCCUUUUAUCACUUGGAAUUAGUGGAAGUCGCAUCCAUCUGGUACAGCCACCACUUACGAUGAAUGUUACUUGCUUUAACAACUAUGCUAUAGAAGAAGCUGUACAGAAAGCCUUAUUGGCUGAAGGGAUAUCAUCCUACUGCAACUGCGUAUUAGCACAGUGGAAUGACGGGGCACAUCCAGACCCAAUAUGUUUUGCGACAUUCACCAGCGACACAAAACCUCUGAGAUUACAGUGCUCUGCAUUUUUUAACUUUUCUCGGAAAAGUGUGGACUAUGAAGCCUUCAAAGCAAUAAAUGAUGCCUGCCUAGUUUAUGAUGGAAGGCUUGUCAUUGAUACAACAUUUCACACAAAUGAUGAUUCCAUAAGAGCAGCAGGAACCUUAACGAAAUACUCCAAUCGUUAUCACGCAAGUGAAUGGUCACAUAGCAAUUUCAGCUCUAAAGAAAUCGGCUUCCAGCUUGCUGCUAAUAUGCUUAAUAUUUUCGAUCCGACACUUGAGCCAGUCAUUGAAUUCACAGACGAAUUUGACAGACUCAUCCCAAUCUACAAAGGACCUGUAAUUCAAGGUGGUAUCAUUCCUGGGGGCUUCCAUUACUUACAUGUAAACAAACCUGCAAUUCCCUGUCCUUUAAAGGCUCAAAUGGCACAGGCUCAUUAUGGACGGGAGAUAGUAACAGGAAGUGCAGUGGAUGGAGAUUACUUCCGGCUACACAUCAAUCAAUACAAUAUGGUGGAAUCUAUUACCUGCCUAUCACAAAAACCUUUUCCAGAGUCCAAUUACAUAUGUCUGUACGGCCAUCAUGAGCGACUGCUGAACAAUCUGUGUGCUCGAUUUGAUGAGGGGCUCAUCAAGGACUUGUACAGCUACUUCAUGGAAGCAUGGUGCAUGGCCAUCUAUCACGAUCGCUUUAUCGAUUUCCAGCAAGAGGUGCGCGAGAUGCUAGCAGCUGAGCAAGGUGAAGGACGGCCCAGUAUGAAGCAGCUGGCUCAGCAAAUAGCAGAUGAUGAGCUGAACCUGAAGGAGCAGCCGAGACAAUAUUUGAAGAGAAUCCUGGAGGAAAAUGGCCACAAGAAGGAAAUAGAGAGGAAAAUCCUGAAUUAUCUGAACUACAACAGCAACCACCUGUCCAUGUUUGCAAGGCCUGGAAUGAUUUAGUCCCUGUGACGUUCUACAGUACAUCACCCAAUGCUUUAUACCUGAGCCUGCACUGCACAUGCUGUCCUGUAGGGGGCCACUGAGCCACCAAAACAACACCAAUACAUUCAUUUCAUGCAAAAUUGUUUUUUCCUUUUUAUUUUAUUCAUUUACAAUAAAAUGUUAUUUUGUCCUGCA